CAACAUGCAGAAAGAAAGCUCACAGUCUGCCUCAUUGUUCAGGGCUGUGUGUCACUCUCUCACAGCAUAAAGGCGACGUUCAGCGCUAAAAACUUGCGAUUCAUGGCAUGGAGGAGCCGGCGGGCAGCUGCAGCCUCUGAUGUGUGUCAGGUCAUCUGGAAGAGCUGCAGAUCAGGGUCUGAGCCCAGUGACCAUCGAGCUGAAGCAAAGCCUCGUCUAGCUGCUCGAGUGUAGUCCUCUUCUUUUUUUUUUCUUCCCUGCCUUAUUUUCUUUCUCCUCGGUGAAAUCUGACACAACAUCAGCGGCUUUUCUCUCCCAGUUUGGAUGGCAGAUUCGUGCUAAUUGACCUGCGGCGUGCUUCGCAAACAGUGUCAAGAGAAAAGAAACAUUGAGCUCAAACGGCAGCGUUUCAGAUGCUUCCAACUUUGAGCCAGAGGGACAACCCCUAAACCCCGUUUUUACACGAGGGACAGACACACAGACAUCUCCGUCAUCUCCCACUUCAUGAAAAGGACGCGUUUGGCGAAACGGUGAUCAGAGAGCUGACGGGAAUCAUGGCAGCUACUUUAUCGGCGGAGGAAGAGCAGGCUACCAGGCAGUUUCUGGAGGAAAUCAACAAGUGGACCAGUCAGCAUGGAGUGUCACCAUUGUCCAGGGAAUUGGCUGUCAAGUUCCUCAUGGCUCGCAAGUUUGACGUCCUCCGAGCCAUCGAGCUGUUCCACAGUUACAGGGAAACGCGUCUUAAAGAAGGAAUUGUCAGACUUCAGCCUCAGGAGGAGCCUCUGCGCUCAGAGCUUCUCAGUGGAAAGUUCACCGUGUUGAGCGUACGAGACCCUUCAGGUGCCUCCAUUGCCUUGUACACAGCCAAACUUCAUCACCCCAACAAGACUGGCAACCACGUGGUGCUUCAGGCUCUCUUCUACCUCCUAGAUCGGGCCGUGGAAAGCUUUGAGACCCAGAGGAAUGGCUUGGUGUUCAUCUACGACAUGGCAGGCUCCAACUACACAAACUUUGAGCUGGACCUGAGCAAAAAGAUCCUCAACUUGCUAAAGGGGGCGUUCCCUGCCAGGCUGAAGAAAGUGUUGAUUGUCGGGGCUCCAGUUUGGUUUCGAGUGCCGUACAAUCUGCUCAGCCUGCUUCUCAAGGAGAAACUUAGGGAGAGGGUUCAGAUGGUGAAAAUGGCAGAGCUGCGCCAACACCUCCCCAGAGACUGUCUCCCACAGCACCUUGGUGGCCUGCUGCCUCUGGAUGCCUACAGCUGGAACCAGCAGCUGCUGGCGGGCCAGAAUGGCAGAGUAGACCCUGUGGAUGAGUUAGUGGGAAUCCCCAUAGAGGAUACCUCCAUUCACGUCCCUGGACCUGAGUCCAUGCGGCCGCAGGAGCUGCUGACGCACCUCGGCAGGCUACAGCGCUCAGGCAUCCAUCAAGAGUAUGAGGAGCUGCGCAAAGAAACACCGCCUGGAACCUUCCACUGUGCACAAGCAGUCUACAAUCAGGAGAGAAAUCGCUAUGGAGAUGUGCUGUGCCUUGAUCAAACCAGAGUUCGUUUGAAACCCAGAAGGAAUGAGAGAUCAGACUACAUCAACGCAAGUUUCAUGGACGGCUACAAACAGAAGAAUGCUUAUAUUGGUACUCAAGGACCACUGGAAAGGACCUAUGGUGAUUUCUGGAGAAUGGUCUGGGAACAAAACGUCCUUGUUAUCGUCAUGACGACAAGGACAGAUGAGGGCAGUCGGAGGAAGUGUGGUCAGUACUGGCCUCUGGAGGAAGGUGGACAGGAGGUCUACGGUCAUAUGGCAGUGGUGAACCAAAGGGUGGACCACCACACCCACUACAACCACACCACCCUGGAACUGCACAACACUGAGACAUGUGAACAGAGACAAGUGAGUCAUUUCCAGUACCUCAGCUGGCCUGACUACGGCGUUCCCACCUCAGCAGUGACUCUCAUCGACUUCCUGGGAGCUGUGAAGAGACAACAGAGAAAGAUGGUGAAGGCUUUGGGACUGCUUUGGACGGGCCACCCACUGGGACCUCCGAUGGUGGUCCACUGUAGUGCAGGGAUUGGGAGAACAGGUACCUUCUGUGCCCUGGACAUCUGUCUGUCCCAGCUACAGGACGUAGGCUCACUUAAUGUGUGCCAGACGGUGCGGCGCAUGAGAACACAGAGGGCCUUCAGCAUUCAAACCCCGGACCAGUACUACUUCUGCUACAAUGCCAUUUUGGAGCACGCUCAAAGACAGGGCCUGCUCCCAGCCAAUCAGUGAGCUUCAGCCUCGACUUCCCAAACCAAUCUUCAUGAGCCGUAUUAUUCCGGCAGUCAGUUUGUUAACCCCAAGCCCGUGUUGUGUGACCAAUUAGUCCAGGAAAGUAAUCUUUACUGGCAGACCAAGACAAGACAGUGGCGUUGAAAGGCUUAAUUGCCGACGUGAUGUUUUAAUGUGAUAACAUUCUGGCUGCCAACAAUGUGAUGUUUUGUUUUUGAUGAACAUAUCUCCGAAAAUGUGUGGUAGAGUGAACAAACUGCUCUGGUGUCGUGCGGUUUUGUUGUGCGUGGUCGGGCACAUUGGGUAAAGUGAAGUAAUGUUGGUUAACUUUUCAUUUAUUUAUUUGUCACCGGUGGGUCAGGGACCUUAAAGGAGUAGUUCACCCCAAAAUACGUUUGUCAGCCGCUAAUAUAUCCCUUAACUGCUAGAAUUAAUAUGGCCGUCAUAGUCCUAAAAAGCUGUUACAUUGCCUGUAACUGCUGCUGUAGAGUUAAUCAAGUGUUUCACGGCCAAAUAAAUGCCACCAAGGCUUAAUUACGGCCUGACCAGGAAAUCCUGUUCGUUUCUCACGAGAUACAAGAUAUCGAGAGGGUUUCCUUUUGUGGUGAAACGUUCCACGAAACCAUUUCUGUUCCAAAUAAGAAGCCUGAUCUCCACUGUCGUGCAACAAUAAUGGGGUAACUUCAGCAAAUUCUGCAUUCACCACAGUGCAUUUUUAGCUCAUGUCUAAAUGUCCCAUAGAUGGUACGAGCUAGUUUUGUAUAGUCUGACGAGUGUCAUACUGAACACAAGGAGGGAAAACUACAAUUUGUUGCCCCAAACCAACUUGGUUAAGAAGUAUUUUUGCCAAGAAGUUGUUGAAGUUGAAUUCUCGUUUGCUUGAACGGCAGUCAGGCAGUUAAAGCACAUCACAAUUCUCAGCCUGUCAACUGUGUUCACUCAUUAAAUUCCUGUCUGUAUGAGUUCCUCUUUAAGUUUUUUCCCAAAUGAGUCCACUAAAAGCCAAGAUUUUCCAUCUCACCUGAAUUUUGAGAUCCUAUAGCCGCCUUUGCUCACUGUGAGCUGGGCCACCAUGCUUUAGUGACUGUGGGAAUGCAUUGCUAAACUCCCCACACGCACACACACUUGUUUAGAGUAGUCAUGCUGCAGUGACUAUGCCACUGAAGCAGGCAUGUGUUAAAGUCAUCAGUUAAAACCUCAUGAGUAGUGCAAUACUUUUUUUUGUUUUUGUUUUUACACAGAUCACGUCUUAGCACUUUGAAAUAACUGUUCCCAAUGUGCUCUGAGAUUAGUCAUUGUGGCCAUAGGAUGGGAGGACAAAUAAAAUGUAAUAGUAACUCUGUAGGUCUACAUGUGAUGCUGGGAGAACUUGAUUGUUAGUGUAAUUUUCGUGAUGCUUAAAUAUAAAACAUUUCGUGACAUUUACUGUAAACAUCUGCAUAGAGCUUUAUUGGGACAAAUCAAGAGGACUUUACGGGGAAACCAGUAAUUGAUGAUAGAAUAGCUGAAUAAACAAGCACAAAUGUGUGCCUCCACCCUAUAAAGUCCCUCCUGGGCACUUGAGAGUCAGAAAUUGAAGUAUAUUUUCGUUAUUAUUGUGUUUCAGUUCUACAGACUGUGGUUGUAAACAGUGCUUUCAUCUGCUCCCAGUAUCUUGCCAUUAUUAUAGAGUACAUGUACAAAAACUGUGUCUGUGUGUCAUAUGUUGUUGCCGGGUGAAGAGAAAAAAAAAGAAAUGUGUCCUUUGCUACAGAAUUCAUAUUGAAUUUGCUUGUAGUGAAGCAUUUUUUAAGUCUGCCAUGGUCAUAUAGUCUGAUUUUAGAAUUAUUUUUCCUUUCAAUGAUGGAUGCAGAAUGUGCUCUAUUUUAUUUUUCUAUUAUAUUCAACAACUGUUUUCAUACGAUUACCCAGGAUUAUACAGUUAUCUACAUUAAUUUUAUAUUUGUUCUGUUAUAACCUAUUACUUUAUCAUUCAUAUAACUAUUGAUUGAAGCUAUACUGUAUUAAAUACAAACUGCAUCAACGUG